GGUGACAGCUAAAGUGAACCUCUCUACUAGCAGUCUGCGUAGUGAAGCAACAGACCGGUGUAAAUACAGUAGUAACGUUUGCUAUUUACGGGAGACACGUUUUGCAACUUUGAGACGAUUUAGUUGAUACCGCGAGCACAAGUAGGUGGACGUCAUCGUUGGCGGAACAACUGAGUGAACACUGUUGCUUCGAGUUUUAGCACAAGUAACGUAACGUAGACGACGUUAGCUAUGAUGUUAGGUAUCUAGCAAGCAAAAGCUAGGUCCUCCGUGUGUUUACGGUCGAGUAGUUCGUUGCUCUAUCCUGUCACGUUAUUGACAAAACGCCAGGUGGCCAGGUACUCUGUGAAGAUGGGUGACAUGGACCCAUCGACAUCCCAUGCAUAUCAGUCGGAGGGGUUUAGUCCGCCAUACAGGAGGAGGACAGUAGAGGAUUUUAACAAGUUUUGCACUUUCGUCUUGGCUUAUGCCGGUUACAUCCCAUACCCGCAAGAGGACUCUCCACUGCGCAGUAGUUCCAGUCCUCCCAACAGUACAGGCAGCACAGCUGACAGCGAUGGCUGGACCCCGGGACCCCCAACAUCCUGCCCCCAGCGCCCCCCCAAGGUCCCCCAGGACAGGAGCAGGAAACGUCCACAGCCAGGAUCCACGAUGUCCAGUCACACCAAGAAAGAUCACACAAUCGCCACCCUGCACCCAGAUGACCGCAGGAAAGCGGACAAGCUGAAGAAGAAGAAAAGGAGAAAGGAGAGGGAGCAUGCGGCCGGUGAAGAAAGUGGUGUUCAGCAGGCCCACUCAGCAGUCCCAGAGCUGCAGUACCCUGUCUCCUUUGGUGGCCGAAUGAUCAAAGAAGAGCCUGAAGAUGAGAUCAGCAUUCCCCUCCACCCCCAGAUCCUGCCUAGCCCGGCCCCCUGCAAGGAGGAGCCCAAUGAGGAGCAUCGAAACUGGGACGGUCAAGACCUUGAAGAAGGGGUGGUGAAGGUACAAAAGGUGGAGGGCCUUUCAGGAAACAGAACGGUGUUCCGCCAGGGGAAACAGGUGGUGUUCAGAGACGAAGACGGAUCAGAGGAGGACGAGGACAUCAUGGUAGACUCUGACGACGACUCGUGGGACCUGGUGACGUGUUUCUGCAUGAAGCCUUUUGCGGGCCGGGCCAUGAUCGAGUGUAACAAGUGUAACACCUGGAUCCACCUGUCGUGUGCUAAGAUCCGCAAGAGCCACGUGCCAGAGUCGUACAUAUGCCAGAGCUGCCGAGAGUCACACGGAACCCUGGACACCCGGCGCUCUCAUCGCUCACGCGUGGGCCCACGUAAGCGUCUGCUAGACUGACCCUAGGCCGGACCUGAACUCUGACCCCUUCCACUCCUGCUCCCCCUCCACCUGCAGGACUGACCCUUCCUAAAAAUUCAGGUCUCGCACCCUUCGGUCCUCUGUCCUUCAUGAUCAGCCAUGCACUCUUUUUCUAACACUUUGUUGGACCUAUACCGAGCCCUUAUCCCAUUUGGAAACAGUUUUGAGUGUCAUUUUAGAUUUACUACGGUUUGUUACUGCUUCCCUACGGACUCUGCGUAAGGCAAUCACUGAAUGGAUGUCUGUCUGUAGAUGACAUUAGCGUAGCAGCAAACCUCUACUGUUGGGACUUGGUGUCUCGUGAACACUGGAAACAUUUGAACUGCCAUUAAAGAGAGAAUACACAACUGCCACCCACUAUGGUGCAUGCUGGGAUUACUUUUUUUUGUUUUUGUUUAAAGAACCCACAUGACCUUUCUGUCAUGGGGACAGGUUUGUCUUUCUGAUUAAACUGGAUUUUAUUUAUCUUACAAGCUUCUUGCUGCACAAUUAACUGUUAACAAGUUAAGCCUCGUGUUAGUUGCUUCAGAUGGUGCUAUAGUAUUAAGCUGAGGUAUAAUCCAAUAGAACAAAGAUGUAGGAAAAGAGACUAGAGUCUGCAUCCGCUUCAUAUGUAUACAUGUUCUGUUAUUUAAGACAUUGUGAAAGAAUAUAAUUGAGGCUUGAAGCCUGUACAACUGAACCGAGCGCUUGUCCCUCUCCCGUCUACUUCGCAGACUGUCUUCUUGCCUCAGGCCACUCCUCUAAAAUCAAAAUGUUACGUGGCCACACAUACGCUUUCCCACAGUUUGCUUUUCAAACAGUUUAAACAGUGUUCGUAUUUCAACAGAAGUGACAUUAUUUCACAGAUAAAAGAAGCCAGUUUUCAGUGAAGGCGUUGUCUUUUUCCUCUGUUCAGUGUUUUUGCUGCAUUCUAUGACUGAACAGCUAUAUUCAUAAAUACUUGUUUUCCAGUCACCUUGGUUUUUAACCGUUCCAUGCUCAUGACAGUGUUUUCAGAGACAGGUAUGUUUAUAGAAGGGAACUCCUUUGGCCGUCCUGUUGAAGUAUCGACAGAUGAAAAAAAAAAAAAACCUAUCUUAACUGGAAAAGUGUUGUUAGAAAGAUUCUCUUAAAAGUGUGGGUGUGUAUUGUGUGAGGGUGUUUGAAUUGUGUGAGGGUGUUUGCAAUGCAUGUGCUGCUAUGGCUCUACUGAGCUCAAUGGUCUUUGUUCCUCUAUAAGAUGGAGAAAUGGAAAUCUACAAAGUACCACGGGCCGGGUCGGUUUGUUUGUCUCUGAAAGGUCAGAUCAGAAGAACAUAUCUCAUCCUCUCAUCACCGCUCACUAAUGCUUUCACAGCAGUAUUCAGUCACUUCCAAAUGCAGCAGGUUAAUGGAAAAAGGGUUGUUUUUAAGGCACUUUUUUCCUAGUACUUGUAAUUGGAUUUUAAGCUUCGUUAUUCAUGUGCCAUCUGCUGUUUCUGAUUACAUAAAAGCCAUACUGUAGUGACAGAUUUUAGACUCGGAACCUUUUUAUAUUAGUCCAGGAUAGGAUUUUACAAUGCAGAAUCAUUGACUAAUGCACACACUGGAUGUUUGUUAUGUAAAGAACAUAGGACUUUCUAAGAGUUCAAAGUAGUCAAGCUGGUCUCUGCUCUCUUGUCUUCUGGGUUUUUACAAAUGUUGGUUAACUAGUUCGUACCCAGCAAUCGCCAGAUCUUUAAAGAUCAGGUUGUGAUGUCGUCAAGAUGUUUCAAGACCUAAAAUUAUUUGCUGUUUCUCAAGGACAUUCACGCCUCGAUGAGAACCUGAGGAGACAUCUUCAGGCACAAAUGUGUAAUUUUAGUCUGCGUCUUUAAGACAUCAGUGUCAUUAACGUUAGCAUUACUCAUCGUGAUACAGCGCGUGUAUUCUGAUCUUGGGUUAUCCUAUUCCCUUAUUGAGAAAGCGUCGUCUGUACUGUGGUGCAAACUGUUUCUGUGAAACUACUGUAAACUAUUGUAAAUAAAGAGUUACCAUUUUAACUUGAGGCCUUUUUGUCUUUGUACUAUCUCAGGGCAUUUUCUGAAACGUGCUGCUUCAUCUGCAAUGUUCUCAAAAUCAAACAAGAAUCUGAUAUUUUCUAUUUAUUGUAGUCUUUACAGGACAGAGAACACGGGAUCCUCAACCAUACAGUAUAUUUACAUACUAAUGUGGGUCAGUUGGGACGGAGGGCUGGAGUGUAACAGCAGGGGCAGUCUCUGCUAGCCUCAAGGUGGAACUAAAGCAGAGGUGACCAGCUG